CAAGCCCCGCCCCCAACGUUCUGAUUGGCACCGCUGUCGCCUGGUAAAUCCUGCCCCACCUUCCCUCCUUCUCUACUUCACAACCGUACUAAAGGCCAAUAAUCGCCUUCCUUACGCCAGUACGUGCCUUUGUGCACGGUGGCUGCCGCGAUCCCCUGAUGGCCUCAUAGUAAGCCGGGCCGAACUCCGCCUCGCGUACACCUCUCCGAACGGGAACAGGGCCGCCUGGGACUCGCCGCGGAGAUGUUGAGCGGUACUGUCGGCCGGGCAAGGCCGAGGCUGGGCAGCCUCUUCCUCGCGCCCGCUACCACAAUGGCACCACUACUACCAGCACCACUAGUACCAUUAGCGGCGCCGCUGAUGUCAAACGCUUGCGGCCACCGCCUGAGGUCCACGUCCUCCUCCCUACAGAACUUCUCCGAACUGGCCCGAGAGCGCUCCAAGACGGUGACGUCGUUUUACAACCAGUCGGCCAUUGACAUCUCCGCGGAGAAGGCCUCGGUGCGACUUACCUUAGCCACUUUGCUGUAUGCGGGCAAGUCCCCAGACGGCCACCACAUUCUAAGCAGUGCCAAGUACCUGCACAAGGAGCUCCCCGUGCGCAUCGCCCACCGCAUCAAGGGCUUCCGCAGCCUGCCCUUCAUCAUCGGAUGCAAUCCCAUCAUCCUGCAAGUGCAUGAACUCUACAUCAGAGCGUACCACAUGCUCAGCGACUUCCCUCCUAUCAAGGAUCAGGACGUGGAAGCUCGCUUCUGCAAGCUGGUGCAGCAGCUGCUGGACGACCACAAGGACGUGGUCACCAUGUUGGCUCAGGGAUUCCGGGAAUGUCGCAAGCACGUUCAAGACGAGAUGAUACUCCGCAGUUUCCUGGACACCACGCUGUGCUCCCGUCUGGGAAUACGCAUGUUGGCCACGCAUCACCUCGCCCUGCACGAAGAUAACGCCGACUUCGUGGGCAUCAUCUGCAGACGUUUGUCCCCCAAGAAGAUCAUCGAGAAGUGGGUGGACUUUGCCAGGCGUCUGUGCGAGCAUCAGUACGGCAACUCUCCCAGAGUUCGCAUCAACGGCCACGUGGCGGCGCGCUUCCCCUUCAUCCCGCUGCCGCUCGAUUACAUCCUGCCCGAGCUGCUCAAGAACGCCAUGAGGGCCACCAUGGAGAGCCACUUGGACACACCUUACAACGUCCCCGACGUGGUGGUCACCAUCGCCAACAAUGACACUGACUUCGUUAUCAGGAUUUCGGACCGUGGCGGUGGCAUCCCACACAGGAUCAUCGACAAGGUGAUGGAUUAUCACUUCAGCACGGCCGAGGAGAGCGCUCAGGACCCUCGCAUGAACAACUUCUUCAACAACAUCACCAACAGCGGCAACCAGUCGGGACCCAUGCACGGGUUCGGUUUCGGGCUGCCGACAUCACGGGCGUACGCUGAGUACCUCGGGGGUUCGCUGUCCAUCCAGUCGAUGCAGGGCAUCGGCACUGACGUCUACCUGCGUCUGCGCCACAUCGACGGCAAGGCCGAAAGCUUCCGAGUGUGACUUCUCCGCCACGCCGGCCUUCACGACUCCCCCAAUUCUUUGCUCCUUUGUUUUUAGCCACCUUUGUUUCUUUUUUUUUUUUUUUUUUUUUUACAGAAGCGUGGAGCUGCAAAUGUGGAGCAAAUAUAUAUAAUAAUGUUGAGCACAUCCAUACUAGUGUUUACGUGUGAUUUAAAUACCUUUGAACUUAUCGCAAAAACAUUUGAUGAGGCUAAAUAUGACAAAUGUAGCAUUUUCCAAUAAUGCCACAGGACUUUGCUCGCGUAUUUUUAACAUUUGGACCAACAUUAUGCUUGCAAGUGCUACGUUUGUAGCAUUCAGCCUCUAAAUACAUUUCUUUGAACAUACAAGUACUUUUGAAAGUAUUUGCCGGUCAAAAUAUUUUUACUCCACAUUGGCAUCUCCACACUUCCGUAGUUUUUGCCUUAGACGGAUUAUAAGCUAUGUUAGCUCACAAAUUGAGGAUUUGACUCAUGUCCCCGCCUCCUCCCCACCUGCCGUAGCCUUUUUUUGGAUUUGUUUAUCGGUACAAACUGUGCAUGAUGGCCAUUAUUGCAAAAAAAAAGGUGACUGGAAAUGAAGACACUCCAGGAAGGAAGAAAUAUGGAUGAAGUCAGUUGUCAUAAAAAAGAAAAAAAAUUUUGACUGGUAGAUUUUUUUAGGCUGGUGGGACAACUUUUUGCCUUUUUCACUGCGACGUUCCUCACUUUGUUCUUCGUUGCCUUUGUCGCUUUCCAUCUUGUACUUUGACUGAUUGCUAUGUCAGAGGAUCAUAACCGCACAAGUAUUUUGGACUUUUGUCUCUUUGUUCGAAUUAAAAAUGUGCUUCUUUCAUGAUUUUUGUCACACAAGAAUCCAUCAGCCAGACUAGUGGCGACUGGACUUUGAAGUGCUCUGAUGCUGGUGGACAAUUUUUGACAUUCACUUGAUUUAAGCAUCGGGUUGUUUGACAUUUUGCAGCGAAAUGGGCGUGUUCCAUUUGUCAACAUUGUUCCAUUAAAUUUUUUAUGCUAAACGCUGCUUUUCAUUGAUUUUGAACUGGUGGAUGACAAUUUUUACGGUUUCAAACAAUCGUGUGUAAAUUCGCAGUUGGAAUGCACGCGAGAGAUGAAUAGCUCAUAAGUCAACUGAAACUGAGGCGAGUUUGCUAUCUGUCGGUUAAAAGAAACACCAGCUGACUGAAAGAAAUGUUUUGAAGUGCAUCCAUUUAUUUAGUUUUAAGUGCUAGUUGUUCAUUUUUAGUAUAUUGUGCCCCAUGGAUAAUUAAGGAUUCACAAUGACAACAUAACUAGGCAUUGCCAGCAGAAAGAGGAUUCAUGACAAUUUUAGUUACUAUUUGAAUGACUCAUGACCUCUGGUGUUGUUAUCGACAUUAAAACUUUUGAUUGUUUGGA